CCUCCUCUGUUUUUUGCUCUCUGUCGUUAUAUUUGAAUUUUUAUUCUGAGCAAGGUCAGAAGAGAAGAGGUCGACUCGAAAUGAUGGCUCGUCGGAAACUGUCAUUUCUCGCGGCGAACAAGAUCGAUUUGAAGCAUUCGUCAUCAUUCGGCGGCGGUAGACGGAAGAGCUGCAAGUACUCCGUUUUCGUUGUAAUCUCGUUGGCGCUACUCUUGUUCACGUUCAUGUAUAACGGGGAUGUGAAAUCGAUUGGAGAGCACCCUUUUGGCAGCAGGGAUUAUUCUCAGAUUGAAUUCCCCAUAAGAUAUGACAUUGGCCACCAACAAUCCAAGCAGGCAGUUGAAGAGAAGGAGAGCACUAAAUUAAUCGAGAAAGCAGAGGAAAAGGCAGCGGCCGAGAAGGACCGGGCGGUGGUGGUCGACGUCGCCAAUUCUUCUGCCAAAAAAGAAGAGAAAAGAGAAGUGCGCGAAGUAAAGGCCCCGAAGGAAGAAGAAUUCCAUGACGUAAAGAUACCGGCCAUGGACGUCGAAGAGCGAAAAGAAGAUUUACGCGAAGUAAAGGAAGCACCGACACUGGAGGAAGAAGGUCGUAAAGAAGUACUGCGUGAAGAAAAGGAGCCGAUUAUGGAUAAAGAAGAGCGAAAAGGAAAUUCGCGCGAAGCAAAGGCACCGGCCACGGAGGUCAAAGAGGCGGUGAAAAAGGCCGAGCGGCAGCGGAUAAUCCUGGACGUGCCGGAGAAUUGUGACCUGUUCGAUGGCAAGUGGGUGUACGACGACGAAAACUACCCGAUAUACAAAGAGGCGGGGUGCCAGUUUUUGACGGAGCAAGUGACGUGCAUGAGGAACGGCCGGCGGAACGACCGAUUCCAGAAAUGGCGGUGGCAGCCCAAAGAUUGCGCUUUGCCCAGAUUCGAUGCGGAGGUUAUGCUGGAGAGGCUGCGAGGAAAGCGGCUCAUGUUCGUCGGCGAUUCCCUGAGCCGGAAUCAAUGGGAGUCGAUGGUUUGCCUCGUCCAAUCUGUCGUGCCUUCGAAUAGGAAGAGCCUCACCAAGCAUGGAUCGUUUAGCGUCCUCCGGCUCGAGGAAUACGAUGCGACCGUAGAGUUCUACUGGGCGCCGUUCCUUGUCGAAUCCAACUCCGACGACCCCAAGAUCCACAGUUUGCCGGACCGAAUCAUCAUGCCCAAAUCCAUCGACAGGCACGGCAAAUACUGGAAAAACGUUGACUACCUCGUCUUCAAUACCUACAUCUGGUGGAUGAACACGCCCACCGUGAAAGUCCUACGAGGCUCGUUCAACGAAAGUUCGACUGAGUACGACGAGGUGGAGCGGCCGCUGGCGUACCGGAGAGUUUUGAACACGUGGGCCAAAUGGGUGCAGAGCAACGUGAACCCGAAUCGGACCAUGGUGUUUUUCAUGAGCAUGUCUCCUCACCACAUCAGGAGCACGGACUGGGGCAAUCCGACGGGGAUCAAGUGCGCGCUGGAGACGGAACCGGUGGCGAACUGGUCCGGAUGGCAGCCGAUCGAGGUGGGGACGGACUGGCGGCUGUUUUCAGUGGCGGAGAACGUGAUCGGGAGGCUGCGGAAGAAGGUGCCGGCGACGUUCGUGAAGAUAACAGCGAUGUCGGAGUUGCGCAAGGACGCGCACACGUCGGUUCACACGCUGCGGCAGGGGAAGCUGCUGACGGCGGAGCAACAGGCGGACCCGGCUCGCUUCGCCGACUGCGUACACUGGUGCCUGCCUGGCUUGCCGGACACCUGGAACGAGUUUCUCUACACCCGCAUCGCGUCAAGCCCCUGGAAAGACCGCUAGUCCUCCUCUGUUUCGUAUCCUUUCGUGCCAUUUCUUUGUACGAUUCCAAUUUGUGAUAACUAACCGAUCGGUUGCUCAGUAUCAACAGCAACAGGGACCAUAACUUAGUAAUAACUUCAUCAAACUCUAAGCACAAAAGACCACGAAGCUUAAGCAUUACAUGACUAGCUAGCUACAUGCUGCAGAACCUAAACACAACGGGAAGUAGCGAGUCUAAGACUACUUGCUAUCGACUAUACAUCUACUGCGUAGUUUU